UGGUGCUGAAUUGAGCUAAAGUUCUUAGUUUGAUUUCACUCUAACCAACAGCUGCCUUGCACAGCAAUGAGAUUCUGGCCUGACCUGAACAGCCAUGGCUUUGCAAGCGGCAGUGGAGUUCAAUGGCAAUGCGAAUUACAUGGCUGUGAAUGCUUUGUCGUCCAACUACGAUCCUUAUGUCGAGGUCUCCAACAGGACUUUCACUGUGCAAACUGACAACAAACGCCUCAAUUUAAUUGCUAACACAUUGGGGACAUUGCCCCGUGGCCAUAGAAAGCUUGCUUUGACCAGAUCCAGCUCUUUGGCAGAUAAUUCAGAUUCUGAAAAUAGAGUCGUGAUCCUCCACAAACAAGACAAUGAAUCUUUCGGAUUUGACAUUCAGACCUGUGGGUUGGGCCACAAAAACACAAAUGCACUGGAGAUGUGCACCUUCAUAUGCAAAGUACACGAUAACAGCCCAUCACAUCUUGCAGGGCUGAAGGCGGGUGAUAUACUAGUUAACAUCAGUGGAGUGGAUACUAAAGGAUUCAGACACAGAGACAUUGUAAACCUAGUCCGUUCGGCUGGCAAUUUUUUGAGGCUGGUGACUCUCAAUAGAGUUUCUGUCAAGAGACGUGAACUGGAAGCAAGAUUGCACAAUUUAAAGCAAACGCUUCAAGAUAAAUGGGUGGAGUACAGAUCACUUAUGCUACAGGAACAACGCCUAGUUCAUGGAUUGACGACGAGUAAUAGCGCAGCGAAAUCUCCAGGAUCUCGUCUCUAUAGCAGUGACUCUGUGUUCACCUCAGCCUUAAGGACCAAGGAGAGGUUCUCAAGUGACAGUAGCUGCAAGAGCCAGCUCAGCGUAUGCACUGAUGAUAGCGAGGAUGGAGAAUAUAACCUCUGUGUUUUUGACGACACGGCCAAUGAAAGCCCCAUCAGACGCAGCAGUGUGGAUGAGGAGUGCCUCUUCAACAGGGAAGACGACUUUUUCAAAUUGCCAAAAAGCCAACUGAGCAGGAGUCGGAGUGUCAGCAUGAGCAGCACGAGCAGUGGACCUGUGUCCCCAUCAUGGGACACACUCAGCUCCUGCGGGAUCCUUCCUCGAAAGUCUAAGAGCGUUAGGAAGCGUAUCAUGAAAUUCAUUCCGGGCUUAAACAGAGCAGUGGAAGAGGAUGAAAGUCGAUUUUAGUGUCGAGAUUUCAAUGCAAUCAAGUCAAUUCCUAACCUUAAGGAUCAAAGCGUAGUAUUAAGCCAUAGCAAGUCUAAUCUGAGCAUAAGACUAGAUUUGUGUGCGUCAGGGAAAUACCACAGAACCUCUUUGAGGAUCGAUGCAGGAUUUCAUUCCUCUUUUAUAUGACUUAAGAAUCCAUUUCCCUUAUUGUAAACAACAUUAUUGGGAACUAAAUGUUGAGGGUGGGGUACAUCAAGCAAUAAAUUCACAUGGCCUUUCAAAGCACUUCUAGGUUCCACUCACAGCGGCUCAUUUUGUAAAGCCACUGCCUUGAGUGAAACUGGGAAGCAUUGCAAUGCCCUAGGUUUGAACCUCAGGCUGUACUUGCAAAGCUAACAUCAAGCUAUAAGAAAGUCUACUCAGCUAUGUGCUGCUAUAAGUUUCCUAUUGUACUUGCUCGCUUCUGCUGACCCUCCUACUGUAGCACUCUCGCCUCGCAAGCGACAAAACCUGGGUUUGAUUCC